ACACAAUCAAUUUAGUGGGAUGAGGAAGUGAUGUAAUUAGCUAGGGUGCUUAAAUAGGGAGGUUUUUGAACUCUGCUCUCAUUCCACUUUUGGAUCUCUGUGUAUGAGGACACACAAGGAGAGCUGCUGGGAAAUAAAAGAAGCUUAAUAUUAUUUAUCCCAUUGCCGGAUCCUCAUAUAUAUUUUUUGGACAUAUGAAAGUAUUAUAGGUAAAUUAAAUAAAAAUUUGGACAAAUUAAUUACAAGCCUUUGGAAGAUUAAUAUUAACCAUCAGAUGGUCGCAAAUAGGAAGAUUCAUUAAAUACUACAAAACUAUGGAAGUUAAUUAUACAUAAUAAUUAUUAGUAAAAUAUGGAUUAUAAUUUUGUGAAAAUACAGCUGUUUCAAACUAAUUGCCUUUUCAUAAAGACUAACAUAAAAUGUGACAUGUCUAGCGACCUCCAGGUUUUCAUUACCUCAUUCUUCGGGAGAUUUUCAGCUCUGCUAAGUCCUGGGGACUUGGUGUCUCUGAUUCCUUCCAGUCAGCUAUCUGUGAAGCUGAACUCGUUGACACCGCAGGAGCUGGUCAUCUAUUUACAGCCUGACAGUAAUGUGAAUAGCACUUUGUGGGCAAUAAUACUCUCCCACUACACCAAUAUCAACAACUUGGGUCAAGUAAUGGAUCUCCUCAUUGAGAAGAAGGUGGAUAUGUCUGCUACCGUCUUCAGUGCUGUGUGGCCAACCUUUGUAUCCAAUUCCGGGUCACUCAACAAAUCUGAAAUGGAUUAUUGGUUUAAUGAGAGAUUAAGUAACUCUAUAAAGUUCAUAACACUGGAGCAGCUGAAUGUCACAGGGGUCAUCGAUGCAAGCUGCCUCUUCUAUGAAAACCUAGUAAACACCUUAUCCAUACAUUAUGAGGAUUACAGUCUCAGUACUCAGCAAGAUAUCUACAGUGUCUUCAAGGAAUACCUCCAAGCAGAUCCCUCACCACCAAGAUGCUACACCGCUGGUAACAAUUCUUGGCUUGUUUACUGCUUGCAAGAUUAUCUACAGUUCUGCAGCGCUGAGGAUCUGAAUUCUUUUAUAAGCAAUGAAACACUGUUACAGAUGUUUUCGGUGAACAGUGAAACUUUGGAAUUCAUAGCUACGUUGAACCUUACAGAAGACCUGUUGACAUAUUAUGCACAGUUACUAGCUUUAGAGAAUCCCAACUUUCCAAUUGCACAAAUUCCUCAGAAUCUUCUAUGCUACGCUAUUAAUUACAUAAACAUAAACAUAGCUGGGAAUCAGGCUGCAGCCACACUGGCUCUCUUGGAAAAGUGCAACAGCACAAGCUCCUCCCUGGGAACAAAUGCACUGUCUGGGCUUCUCUCUUCUAUCACGAACAUAUCAGCUCAGUUUAUUACAUCACUUGGAUCUCUCGCUGUCGACCUGCCAAUAUCCACAUUGCAGAGCAUAAACGGGACCAUUUUGCAGGAGAGUCUGCCCAGUUUGGCAGCCGUCGGUGGCUGGAGCAUCACAGAGGCAUCUGUCAUAGUUACAAAAAUAUUGGGUAGUGGUUUUCAGAUAAACAUCACCAAUGUGCAGAAGCUAGGCAGCCUGGUUGUUGGUGUACCUACUUCUGUGGUGGACCAGCUGACAGGGACAAACAUUGAGGUACUGGCUUCUAACAGCAGCUUCACUACUUACAUGCAACAAGCCCCAGGUGUACUGAAGCAAAGGUUUAUCCAGAAGGUCAUUCAGUACAGAUCAAACAUGAGCAUCUUCCAAGUCGUACCAGCCAAUCUGGCCAGUGAGAUCCCGGUAUCAAUCUUACUAAACUCCAAACUUAGUUUCACCGAAAUAAACAAGAUGCAAUGGACAACUAGCCAGGCUCAGGUGUUGUUCAAGACAGUGAUCACCACAUUCACAGACUACUCCGGACUUAGUGUCUAUAUGCUACAAGGAUUUACAUGUGGCGCUACAGAUGUCCUAAGUGACAGUCAAUUUCAGAAUCUCAUUACAUCAAUGAAUGGCAAGUCAGUGACCAUAGAUAGUAACCAGCUGAGCUGCAUGGCCAAGCGACUGACACCCAGCAAUUUCUCCAGCUAUCCCAGUAAUGUUUUGCUCUACUUCAGCCCUUACACGACUCCACCUGUAUGUGUGCAGUAUUUCAAACUUGUAGGAAAGGCUAACAUUAACUUGCUACCUCAGGGAUCUCCAGCGAGGAUUUCACUACUCAGUAGCGCAAGAACGUGUCUGAAUAUCGCAAGCUCAGCAAUUAGCAUGGGAAACCUACAGAUCUUGGGCAGUCUUGCCUGUGACCUGACUGGUGCGGAAAUUAUGAACUCUGACCCCUACAUAUUACAAGCUCUCCAAAGCUGCUCCUCCUUCACAGCUGCGCAGAACUCGGCCAUUGUACAAAGACUGAAACAAAAAUAUGGCGUCCCAUCACAGUGGACAAACACCAUCAUGACCUCAUUUGGAACCCUUGCCAGUGCUCUUGACAGUACCACCCUUAAGCAGAUUGCCACGGGUGUAAAGAGACAGUUCUAUUCACAAUACUUGACGAAAAUCCUAAAGACGACUAUGUUCUCCUAUACCAUAAACCAAAUUAAGGUCUCUACGACGACUAGCACUCGUGCAGCAGAUACAUGUGACAAGCUCACCACAGAUACGAUUGCUAAGCAAAUGGACUACAUCGUUGCCACUUAUACUGCCGCACAACUGGACACCUGUCUUAACAGCACAACAGUACGGGAUAACUUGGGCACCCUCGGAGCCUUGGCCUUCAGUGAUGACCAGCUUAUGGUGCUCAGGCAAAAACUGGACACGAUCUUUCUUAAUGGUGUACCUGAGACGUAUCUCACUCUGUUGGGAAAUGUUGCCAGAAUGUAUAGCGCAGUGGAGAUUGGUCAGUGGAACAUCACAUCAGUAGACAUCCUAGCGGCUUUAUUAACACGCGCAUCCUGGCAGAGUAAUGAUUCAAAGAUAAACACAAUGGUAUCACAAUUUCUAAAUUACGAUAACAAUACUAUUGAUGGGACAACACUCACCGCCCUGGCUCCUUAUAUAUGUGGCCUAAAUGUGACCCUGAUUCAAACAAUUAACUCUAACAGCAUCACGACUUCUACCACUCCUCUGAGCACAGACCUGUGUACUCAAAGCCAGAAGAACCUGCUGUUUAGCAAGAUGAAGAUGGCCUACUCAUCAUAUGGGAAUUUAUCCAAUGCCUACUUCCAGAUUAUGACGCCAGUCAUAGGUGGUGCUAGUACGGCAGAUCUCAUCCAGUUUGCUGCUGGUUUUCCAGAAAUGGCCCUCACUGUAUUUACAGGACUGAAUCCAGACCAAGUCAAGACAUUAAGUGUACAAAACAUUAAGGACCUGCUUGGAGGCAAUGUUGCUGGAAUCAACACAAUUGUCAGCAGUGAUGUGCUUAAAGCAUGGCUGUCAGCUAACCCACAAACUCAGAUCAAUGCACUGGGGCUCAACGCUACGGCAGGAUUAACGGGGACGACGCCAAACGGAUACAUCGUUAUUAGUACAGUGACCCAAACAUCCGGAGCAGCUUCUCCUCGUAUACUCUCCCUCCUCAUAUCUUGCACAUUGGCUGUUAUACUUUACAUGGACAUCUGCUUCCUGUAACCAGCUACCUCUUACAUACCCUAUCUAUGUUGUCUAAUAAAGAAGGUCAUCUUUAGUAGGCUAUCUAUGUAAGGUAUACAGAUAAACAGUAUUUAACGUCUCUUCACCUUGGGUACAUCUGACUAAUUUGUCAUUCCAUACUACCUCAAUAGCCUAAGAGCUACAGAGACCCACAAACACAGUAACGAACCACUCCGCAAUUCAUCACACACACCAUGAGGACCGAGACCAUGCAAGUCUAUGACAGAACACAUGUUGGGUGUGAAUGGAAUGUGGCAGAGAAACAAAUUCAGGGAACACUGCCUUUUACAUUUCCUAGAGGGCUUUACUUUGCAGAAAUCUCAUUGCCUUCUUCCAAACGCUUCAUAGUAAUAUUCAUUCACUGGGAACCAACGCCAUCACUAAGAAUGCAACUGAUCAACUGGGGCACACAGUGGAAAUCUCCAUCCAGACAUCUGCUUUCCAUCCAGAAACACCAAACACUAUCCUUAUACUUACUGUAUUUUGAAAUCCAUAUUGUAUUCCAGAACUAUGUGAAACAUUUGUCUAAAUGCAACUUACCCAUUCAGUCUUUAAUUAUUUCCCCUUAUGCCCAAACUGAUGUAUAAUCCAAUCAUUAUCCCAGAGACCACAGUGAGUAAUAGAAUCAGAUAGACUAUGCUGCAGAUUUCCCUAAUUUCCUGGAACGUCCGGGAUACUCCCCAAUUGCAGGAGUUUUCCUGCACUCCCCAGAAGGCAAUUUGUGUAUCCUGCAAUAGUAACGUCGCUACACAAAUAUUAAAACUUAAUUAUUCAAACAGAAAAGCCCCAGGGGUUCUUUUGGAUUUUAUUUGAGACAAUAUGACUUGGAUAAAUAAAAAUGUGUUAUCUGUGCAGACGUCUAACGUGAAACGUCAAUCGUUGAAUAUUAUUUUUUAUACAAGAUUGGAGUUUAUAAAAAAG